AUGGCAUCCUACAUUUCCGCCAGCGAGGCGUACGAGCGCGAGAGAUCACCGACCAAUGGCGCUCCCACAUGCUCAUCCUCGCAAUCCCAAACUCCCUGGUCAGAUAAAUACCGCGGUGCCACAGUAGAAGACCUCGACCCCCCACCCGCCCUCUCCACGUCCCCGCACGACUCCAUCUCGUCCGCCCUCCUCGCCGCCUACGAGCGCGACUACACCCACCUCACCGUGAUCUCAUCCACCUCCCGCUCGCUCCUUGGCUACUUGAAUAUUCCGCGCCUAAAAUCGCUACUCCAGAAUGGGGCCGUGGCGGAAUCCGACCCGGUAGAAAAGGCAAUGCAGCGAUUUAGGAGGAAACAGCAUGUCUACAAGGUGAUCACGAUGGACACGCCGCUGGAGGAGUUGGAGAGGUUUUUUGAGGGGGAGAUGGGCGGGGGCGAGAAGAGGGAGAAGCAGGACUUUGCGGUGGUGACGGAUGCGAGUCGGAAAUUUGUGCUUGGGGUUGCUACAAAAGAGGAUCUGGAGCAGUUUGUGAAGAGGAGGCCGACGUGA